GAUGCUAACCUCUCAGUUCUUCAGAAAAAUGCUAUUAAAAAGUCAUUAUUGUUGGGUAAUGUUCUAGUAAGUGAAAUCAAGUCGGCAAAGUCCGAAACAUCACGAAGUAAAAUGAAAGGCAUUCACGGCGUUAUUUCGGGCAAAUGUAUGAAAAAAUACAAAUGCUCAACAUUGUUGUCGAAAGUGACAGGACUGUGUAGGCACAGACUCAACAAGAACCAAAGUAAAAGACACCAAAUAGAGAAAUCAGCCCGAGUAAGCACAGUUAAAACUCACCAAGGAAAAGUCGAGGCCUUCAUGAAAAGAGAAGACAACAGCAGGACGCAGCCAGGUAAACAAGAUGCACAAAGACUGAAAAAGGGUGUAAAGGUCCAGACGCAUGUACUUACCGAUUAUCUGACAAAUCUAUAUAACAAAUUCAAGUCUGAAAAUCCAAAUCUUAAAAUAUCCUUCACCUCGUUUUGCAGAUCUCGCCCUAAAUACAUCUUAACAGCAGCUUUUUCAAGCCGAAGUUCAUGUUUGUGCACCAAACAUCAGAAUGCCUCUUUGACCAUAAAAGCACUAAGAAGGGAAGGGUUCGAUAUAUCCAUGAAUCCUGAAAAGGGUAUGGGACAAGUUCCGAGUUCUGAAAUAAUGAAAAGCAAAUUGGGCGAAUCUGUAGCUUUAAGUCAAUGGACACGCAUAGAAGUUGAAGAAAAGGGUAAGAAAAAAUAUGUGACAAAAAUUGUCGAAUCACAGAUGAGCGCUGAUAAGUUUGUUUCCCAUGUUAAAGACCAGAUGUCUGAAUUUGAUGCACAUGUGAACCGAGUGCGUAUACAAUAUGAGCAAAUACGGACAAUCAAGGAGAAGUUACCAGAGCACGAAAUGCUGAUACAGCUUGACUUUGCCGAGAAUUACAGUUGCAAGUCCUUGGAAGAGGUUCAAAGUGCAUACUUUAACCAAACAAGUGUCACCUUACAUCCAAUGGUUGUUUACUACAGGUCGGAUGAUGGAACAUUGCAGCAUAAAAGUUUCAUUAUAGUAUCUGAUGAGAUGGCUCAUAGAUCAUCAACGGUUAUCACAUUUAUUAAUGAAAUUAUGCCUAUGCUUAAGAAGAUUGAUAGUGAACUGCAGUGCAUUCAUUACUGGAGCGACUCUCCUACAAGUCAAUAUCGGAACAAGAGCAUAUUUGAUUUUGUCGCCAAUCACAAAGCCAUACAUGGCAUGAAUGCACGUUGGAAUUACUUCGAAGCCGGUCACGGCAAAGGGCCAUGUGACGGUCUCGGGGGCACGUGCAAACGGUUAGCUGACGAAGCAAUGCGUAGCGGGAAAACAAUAAUUCAAGACGCCAAAGCAUUUUACGAGUGGGCAAUACAGUCCAGUAUGACUAAUGUUACGUUUCGUUUCGUAUCAACGGAAAUCUGUGCACAAACUGAAAAAAUCCAAGAAAGACUUCCGCUGAAGUCUAUCAAGGGCACAAUGAAAGUACAUGCAGCAGUGGGUAAUGGCGAGUCAACGAUAAAGGUACGCGAUGUCAGUUGUUAUUGUGAAACAUGUAUAUCCGGUCAAACCUGUGAUUCUUGGAGAAUGGAAAGUACCAAGGUGAAUAUCGGAAAUAAGAGGGCCGUGGGUGGACUUAAACAAAACAAAGAAAUAUUGAUCAUACCAGUAUCUGAACCGGUCGCAACAACAGGUGAAUCUGAACCUAUCUUUGAACAAUCUGUAACUGCAACUGGUUCAGAAGAACAUGGUGGCAAAGAAGAUAGCAAGGUAGACUCAGAAAUAAGGUUUCAAGUUGAAGAGUACGUAGCAGCAGUGUAUGAAGGCAGUUGGUACAUUGGAAAAGUUACCGACACCGAUGAAAAUGAGCAUGAAGGUGAAGUGGAUUUUAUGGAGUCAAAGAAACAAUUUUUCCAAUGGCCAAGGAGUCGAGAUUCAAUAUGGUUACAUCAAAAUGUAGUAUUGUGCAAGAUAAAUGUCCCAGUACCCACUGGAAAAUCGCGUAGAAUGUUUCGCUUGUCCGAUGGUGACAAGGACAAAAUAUUUGACUUAUUUUCAAACUUUGUGCGUUAA